AUGCCCCUUUUGCUUCAAAAUCCCAUGUUUGUUGUUGGUAGCAAGGCAAGCACUAAGGGCCCCCGAUCGCCUGGUCCUAUGCAACAGCCCUACCAGGUCGUGAUGGCGUUAUCGUUCUCGUGCGAAAACCUUCGAAAUCAUCUGGAAGAAAGUUCACCGCCGCCUCUCGACGAAGAGUCUCGCAUCCUCAUCCUCGACUGCAGGACGUUCCUAGCCCACAGCGAUCGGCACAUCGUCGGCUCAGUGAACGUCCAAUGUCCUGCGAUCUUGCGGAGAAGACUCGGAAAUAAACCUCCCUUACGAACAGUGAUCACUGAUCGCGAGGUCAGGGAACGACUUCGGAAAGGACUCUACUCUCCGAUUGUGUUGUACGAGGAAUCUGCCAGCGCGGGACCGAAUUCAAUGGCGGCCUUUGUAGCGAGAUGUCUCCAGAAUGAAGCUCGGAUCAACAACGUCUACAUUCUCGAAGGUGGCUUCCAACAGUUCCAACAUCAGUAUCCUCAUCUCUGCGUGACUGGACCGAAGAACCCAGUCUCGACGACGCCCGGCUCGCCUUCGUACUGGCCCUCAGCACUCUCCCCUCUAUCGUCGUUAUCGAGGAGUUCUUCCUCCCCGUCAUUAGCGUCAACCAAGAACCUGCCUUGGUAUCAACAAGACCAACAGGAUCCCGUCGAGAUCCUACCUUAUUUGUUUCUAGGAAGCGAAAACCAUGCCAGCAAUAAACUCACUCUUCAAAGACUGAAAAUCACCGCGCUGUUGAAUGUCUCUCACAACUGUCCGAAUCACUUCGAAGAUCUAUUCCGAUACAUGACGAUACCAAUCGAGGAUUCAACUAGUGAAGAUAUCGGCAUCUGGUUCCGGAGAGCCAUUGAAUUUAUAAAUGACGUCAACUCGUCAGGUGGGAAAGUCCUUGUGCAUUGUCAUGCCGGUAUUUCUCGGUCGGCGACCAUCUGUAUGGCGUAUCUGAUGGCGACUUUGCGACUACGGAUGGAGGACGCCUAUGAGCACGUGAAGGCUCGGCGGAAAAUAAUCUCGCCCAACUUUUCGUUCAUGGGUCAACUGCUUUCGUUCGAAAGUCAGGUAUUCUCGCCGCGGCCAGCGCAGAGAUCGCCAAGGUCUCCACUGACAAGCAUACCCUGCAACAAUAACAAUUCGACGCAAGCCUCCCCGUCACCUCGAGUUGAUUCUCCGAAAACUCCAUCGGAAGGAACGGCUUUCGAUUUUUCGAUUUCGCCGUCGACGUUGGCGUCCCUAGUGAACAGCUCCACGGCUGGUUCGGCCAGUAGUCCGAGUCCUACCCCGUCCCCGACGACACCUUUGUGCCCGUCGAGUCCUUACUCCCCCUAG